UCAUCAAUAUAGUAAGUUCCUUGAAGCAGCCAGGUAACGUAUUAUAUGGACACUAUUACUAUCCUUUUCCUUAUCUUUCUCUCUUCUCUCCUCUCAUUUCCAUUCAUAAUCAAACAACACAAACCAUUAUCCAAACCUAAGCUUCCCCCAGGUUCAAUGGGUUGGCCUUAUAUUGGAGAAACUUUUCAACUCUACUCUCAACCCCCUAACAUCUUCUUUUCUUCUAAACAGAAAAGAUAUGGAGAAAUAUUCAAAACACAUAUACUAGGAUGUCCAUGCGUGAUGCUGGCAAGUCCUGAGGCUGCAAGAUUUGUGUUGGUGACUCAUUCUCACUUGUUCAAACCUACCUAUCCCAAAAGCAAAGAGAAACUUAUUGGUUCUUCUGCAUUGUUCUUCCAUCAAGGAGAUUAUCACACUCGCAUUCGGAAACUUGUUCAAACCUCUCUUUCUCCUGAAUCAAUCAAGAAACUCAUCCCGGAUAUUGAAACACAAGUCAUUUCAUCCUUGGAAUCUUGGGUUUCUAUUGGACAAGUCAUUAACGCUUUCCAUGAAAUGAAAAAGUUCUCUUUCAAUAUUGGAAUCCUCUCCGUCUUCGGUAACUUGGAAAACAAUUAUAGAGAACAGCUUAAGGAGAAUUACAGCAUUAUAGAGAAAGGCUACAAUUCUUUUCCAACUAGGAUACCUGGAACUGCAUACUCCAAAGCUCUUUUGGCGAGGCAAAGAAUCCAAGAGAUUAUAAGUGAGAUAGUAUGCAAGAGAAAGGAGCAGAUUAAGAAGGAUCUAUUAGGCCACUUGCUAAACUACAAGAAUGAAAAAGGAGAAACGUUAAGUGAUGAGGAAAUAGCUGAUAAUAUAAUUGGAGUACUAUUUGCAGCUCAAGACACUACAGCAAGUGUUCUAACAUGGAUUCUCAAGUAUCUUCAUGAUGACCAGAAACUUCUUGAAGCCAUAAAAACAGAACAAAUGGCAGUAUAUGAAGCCAAUGAUGGAGGGAAGAUGCCAUUGACAUGGAGUCAGACCAAAAAUAUGCCACUUACUCAUAGGGUAAUAUUGGAAAGCCUGAGGAUGUCAAGUAUAAUUUCAUUUACUUUUAGAGAAGCUGUUGUUGAUGUAAUAUACAAGGGAUAUUUAAUACCAAAGGGUUGGAAAGUAAUGCCACUGUUCAGAAACAUCCACCACAAUCCAGAAUUCUACAUUAAUCCUCAGAGUUUUGACCCAUCAAGAUUUGAGGUUUCUCCAAAGCCCAAUACAUUUAUGCCAUUUGGUAAUGGAGUGCACUCUUGUCCAGGAAACGAGCUAGCCAAGUUGAAUAUGUUGAUACUAAUUCACCAUCUAGUAACAAAAUUUAGGUGGGAGGUAGUGGGAACUGAGAGUGGAGUCCAAUAUAGUCCAUUUCCAAUCCCUUUGCAAGGUCUACCAAUAAGAUUUUGGAGAAUUCAAUAGAGUCUAAAAAAGUAUUUGAUAUAAUCUAAGUGGCAGUGUAAGUGAUAGUAAAUGUGUAAUCAACUGAUUAUUUUUGCUUUGGACCUAUGUUAUACGAAGAUAUAAUUGUAUUA